UGAAACUCUUGAGUCAUUCUCUGUUGUUGAGAGGUGAAAUGGCGCAGCAAACAAAUCAAGCAAAUGAGAAGAAAUUCUGCUGUUCUAUCUGUCUGGAUCUACUGAAGGAUCCAGUGACUACUGCCUGUGGACACAACUACUGCAUGGGCUGUAUUCAAACUCACUGGGAUGGAGAAGAUCAGAAGCCAAGUUACAGCUGUCCUCAGUGCAGACAUACUUUUUACACAAGGCCUGACCUGGUGAAGAACACCAUGUUGGCAGAGUUAGUGGAAGAAAAGAAGACAGCACUCCAAGCUCCUCCAGCUGAUCACUGCUAUGCCGGACCUGGAGAUGUUGCCUGUGAUGUCUGCACUGGGAGGAAGCUGAAAGCCUCCAAGUCCUGUCUGCGGUGUCUGGUCUCUUACUGUGAGCAACACCUCCAGCCUCACCAUGAAUCUCCUACUUUUAAAAAACACAAACUUAUCGAAGCCUCUGUUAAGCUUCAGGAGAAUAUCUGCUCCGGUCAUGAUAAGUUAAAAGAGAUUUACUGCCGCACUGACCAGCAGUGUAUCUGCUUUCUCUGCUUAAUGGACGAACAUAAAGGCCACGACACAGUCUCAGCUGCAGAGGAGAGGACGGAGAAGCAGAAGGAGCUCGGUGAAAGUCGGCAAAGAAUCCAGCAGAGAGUCCAGGACCGAGAGAAAGACUUGAAGGAGCUUCAGGAAGACACGGAGACCAUCAAUCGCUCUGCUGAUAAAGCAGUGGACGACAGUGAGAAGAUUUUUACUGAGUUGAUCCAUCUCAUUGAGAAAAGACGAUCUGAUGUGAAGCAGCAGAUCAGAUCCCAGCAGAAAACUGAUGUGAGUCAAAUCAAAGAUCUUCAGGAAAAGCUGGACCAGGAGAUCACUGAGCUGAAGAGUAAAGAUGCCGGACUGGAGCAGCUCUCACGUACGGAGGACCACACCCACUUUCUUCACAGUUACCCCUCACUGCCAAAACUCACUGAGUCUACAGACUCACCAAGACCAAACAUCUGUCUGCAGUACUUUGAGGAUGUGGUGGCAGCUCUGACAGCAGACAGAGAUAAAAUGCAUGCCAUUCUUACUCGGACAUCGAGUUUAUCAGAGUCGACGACCAGAGCAGAGUUCUUACGAUUUUCACGUCACAUCACGCUGGAUCCAGACACAGCAGGCAGAUAUUUAGUGUUGUCUGAGGGCAACAGAAAAGUAACAUUUGACAGAAAAAAUACAUAUUUUCCUGAACAUCCAGACAGAAUCAUUCACAGAUCUCAGGUCUUGAGUAGAGAUGGACUGACUGGACGUUGUUACUGGGAGGUCGAGAUGAGCGGGGAUGCUGGAGUAGCAGUCACUUACAAGAGUAUUAUAAGAUCGGGAGUCCUUAAGGCACAUGCAUUUGGAUUCAGUGAGAAGUCUUGGGCACUGUAUUGUAGCAGUGAUUAUACCUUCAGACAUGACAACCACAAACUGAACAUCUCAGGACUUAAAUCCACAAUAGGAGUGUACCUGGAUCACAGAGCAGGUAUUCUGUCUUUCUACAGCGUCUCUGAAACAAUGACUCUCCUCCACAGAGUCCAGACCACAUUCACUGAGCCUCUCUGUGCUGGACUUUAUCUUUUGGGUCUUGAUGGAGACACUGCUGAGUUCUGUAAACUCGAGUAGUCAUUAAAGUGGCAGAGGAAAGACUGAUAUCAAAGAAAUGUAUAAUAACUUCUUAAGGACAUGAAUAUAGAGCUUUUCAUGGACAGUCAUAUUGAUCUGAUCCAGAGUGUCUGGUGUUUUGUGGCCUUUUUGUGUGUGUAUAUCAAAUGCAGAAUGUGUAAAUAUGUGUGAUCUUCUCAAAUUAUACCUCAUCUAAGACAGGAAGUGAGGAGUCUACAAUGUCCAUGUUGAAUUUAAAGAAAAACUGCCGAGUUGUGUGAGCGCAAUUAUACAGGACUCAUUAAAGUGGCAGAGGGUAAAAUUUAUAAUCAAUCAUUUAUUUAUCAGUUUA